AAAACGGAGAGUUAAAGUUAUGCGGAGUGUGACCACGGUGCAAAAUCCUAAGAGUGUCAGUGGGGGGAUUUACAGGCAGACAAUGCACCUUUUAAUGCUUCACUGAGUCGCACUGCCUCUGCGAAUUUGGGUUGAGAAUUAUUAUUGUGGCGCUUUUUUUCUUUUAAAAUCAAACCCAAGAGUUCGAAUGAGCUAAAAUGCUGAUUUGUGUUAUCAUUCAUGCAGGAGAUACUCAUCAAUGUUGUAAAUUUGUUGUCUUUUUCCAUUUUUUGGCAAGUGCUGACUCAUGAACAGGUUAUUUUUCUUAAUGCGCAUCAUAGCAUCCAAACUUUUACCCGCUUAUUGUGUGUCUUGAUAAUUUGAUAAAUGCCUCUGUCGCUCUGAGAACUUUACAACAUAACAUUUUGACAGUGUUUCUCCCGUUUCUUGCCGCAGUGCACGGCCUCUCCGCCAGCUCACAGGACUCGGCGAAGUCCCCGGAGCCGUCCGCGGACGACGAAUCGCCGGAUAACGAUAAGGAAACUUCCAGCAGCGGCGGCAGCGACUCUGGAAAGAAGCGGAAAAGGAGGGUGUUGUUUUCCAAGGCGCAAACCUACGAGCUGGAACGCCGCUUCAGACAGCAGAGGUACCUGUCCGCCCCGGAGAGGGAGCACCUGGCCAGCCUGAUCCGCCUCACCCCGACCCAGGUGAAGAUCUGGUUCCAGAACCACCGGUAUAAGAUGAAGAGAGCCCGGGCCGAGAAAGGUAUGGAAGUGACCCAUCUCCCUUCUCCCAGGCGGGUGGCCGUGCCCGUCUUAGUCAGGGAUGGAAAGCCUUGUCACACUCUUAAAGCUCAGGACUUGGCGGCCACUUUUCAGGCCGGGAUCCCCUUCUCGGCUUAUAGUGCCCAGUCACUCCAACACAUGCAGUAUAACGCGCAGUACAGCGCCGCGGCCACGGCACAGUUCCCCACAGCACAUCACUUGGUGCAAACGCAACAGUGGACUUGGUGAGAGAAAAGAUAGAGACUUGGCUUUGGAGGCACGAUAGGGAGUUUCACCACAGAGCAAAGAAAAAGAUAAAACACAAAAAACAAAAGACUUUUCAUUUUUGCAGCUUGACUCAUAUAUAUACUACCAUUUUUAUUCGGGGCUCAUGUGUGCGCCGUGUUUACAUGUUUUCGUUAAGAGAACUGGGUCCGAACCUCUCCCUUAUAGAUUUUAUUCCGAAUGUCAAUGCUCUUCUUGUGAAUUUUUUUGUAAAGUAUGUUGUGUGUUGGUUGUAGAGAUGUUUUCCUCUCUUUUUCCUUUUGACCCUUCGUGUUAUUAUCAGCACGUACGAACCACUUUAUAAUUAUAGAAAUUUUAAUUUCUUGCUUCUUUUAUGGACCGAAAAAAUAUUUAUGGCCAUGAAUAAACACUGGCAACUUUUCAGCUAUUUUCCCUUUGUUUUUAUUCACUGUAAAAUAUUUGUGGCGAUCUCUGAAGUCGAGGUGGAGAGAGGGGGAGACUGAGGGUCGGCCGAUGUUUACAUCUUAAAUUUAUAUUUACAUUUUGAAAAAUAAGGGAGGCACUUAACCGGGGAGAAUAUCCGUUUUCUGUAUUUUAUAAACAACGACACAGCCUUAUCUUGUUGGCUAGAUAUUCCAAAUUUUAUAGACAGAUUUGUAAUAAGAUCAAACUCUUUUUCUAUAAGUGUCCCAUACGAAUAAUCACAUCGCAAUAUCCAGGGCUAAACCAACGAGGCUCGAUGUUGUGGCACAAAACGGACAUAAAUCUCUAGAGCACUUCAGUCUCUUUCCUUUUAAGCAAAUUUAAUCCGGAGAAUAUUUUUCUGAAUCCAAACACCCCACACAUAAGGAGCCGAAAGUCACUUGUGAAAUGGGACUAAAAUCCACUCACUUACUCUAAGAGGGCUUCUCCACACGAGAAGCUUUUGAAUGAAAAGCUCUCCUUUUUGUCACUAUUCCCCACCACUCCCAGCCCUAUAUGUGUAAAGUGGUAGACCUCGGAAAGGGGGGGAAAAUCGUUUCAUGCAAUAAAUGUUUUGUUAUCUUGUUAAGCGCUAAACUGCAAAUAGAGCAGGAGUGAUCAAUGAGACACCAGACUUCUUUGUUUAACCCCAAGCCAGCGUUUGGCUAAAAUGCGCACGGUUAGAAAAUAAAAAACAUGUUUUGACGUCCUAAUAAAGUUGUUUGUCAUAUUCAACGUGAAAUCAGUGAUAUUCUGCAUGAAAAAUACUCUCCCUGCGCCGUCUCUCUCUGUGAUCUUUAAGGUGGAACCAAAACAUACACAAAUGGCUCCCCAGUGAUCCGCUGCGCACUGCGGAUUAUCAGCCUCCAGUCAAUAUCUUGGGUAAAUAUGAUAACCUAGUAGAAAAAUCCAUGCAUUCUGUUUGGCCCGGGACAAAAAUCUCACAGCAGAUGUUAGAGUCGCCCCUAUCAUCACUGAACAAACAGCCAAAUUGGGCAGAUUUGCUAAUUAUUUACAGAAUUGGGUCUCAAGGGGCUACUGCUUUUGUGGGCGACACUGAUUCAAUUUGGCCCUGACAGAAAGGUUUUGUGUUGCGCCACUGGUUGAGCUUUGUGGUCAAAUAAAUCAGCAAGUUGUUAUAGUUUUCGUUGCUGAAGUUUUUUUCCUCCAUGAGCAAGAAUUACGCAGCGUCCUGAACAGCGUGCCAAUAAUCGCUUAAACGGCAUUUACCGCGGGGAAUCGAUUGAGGAGAAAUCCGAGACGGAGUUUAAUAAGAGAAACAGACGGAUGGACUACUUUUUGACCCUUGAUUGAAUUUUAGUGAACUCCAACUAAAACUGGUUUCUUUCAAAUAACACUGCGCCUACUUCAAGAGAGGCCAAUAUUUAAAACCUCGAAUACGUAAAAGAAGAAGAAGGAGAAAAAUAAAAACAUCACAUCAGUGUGGCUCAUUGCCCUCUCUGAUCAGGCACUUUUGUGACUCUAUCAUUGCACAAUACAGUACACGACACAACACAGAGACAAAAGGCCAGGCCUGCUUUUUGCUGGGUGUUAGAGGCGUGCAUGUUAACGAGCAGCAGGAUGCAGACAGUGCAGAUAGAGAGACUGACAGAGUUGCUUGGUGCUGUUCAGAGUCAGGGAGAUGCAUCCUUGGGCUUUUUGUCCUGCCUGUCACUUGGUGCCAUUGUGAUCUUUGCUGCACACGUUGUCUCCCAUAUGGGCAGCUGGGCUCGGACAAGGAGAAAAGGAUCAUUCACAAACCCCAAAUUGUAUCAAGCUUUCAAAUAAAGCAUUGUUGUCUCUCAAAGAAAAACGAAUUAAAAAUUCGUGCUAUAUCUAUUCUGGUCGGAAGAAGACGCCCCAUUCACAGAUAACAGGGAGUCCUUCUUCCUUGAUAGAGCUUUGCCAACAACAGCCCUCUCAUUUCUCUUUUCCCUGCAUCUCCCAUUCUGCACAGUGAAAGGCUGAUUCUUGUCUGUCCCAAAAGUCGCUCCUCAGAGCGCAAAAAGUAUUUUUAAAAACCAGACAGUGUUCUUCCUUGUUUGCUUUGACUCUCACUGGUAUGCGUAGGCCGAUUUCAGAAAUAGACAUGGGAACAUAUUUGACACAAUUCUGCGCCCACUGGAGUCAAUUUUUGAGUAGUUUUUCCACAUCAGGUGUAAAUCUGAGCUUAUUGUGCAGCCUCCACCGGUUCAAGUUUCUCGGAUGAUGCGUUAGAUUUAGGUUACGAGGAGUCUAAUACAACCAAACAAAAUACAUUGAAAGUUUAGUGAAAUGAUAAAUAGGCUACUGAAGACGCGGUUUGCUUUAUUAUUGAGAAUCUGCUGGUAUCAAGGUUAUAUUGCAGAGGUUUUCCAAUGGGAAUAAAACCCUGGAGAUAAUACCAGAUGUUUAUUGGACUUUUCCGCCAACAUUUCCUGCCUGAGGAGUGACUAGAAAUUAGAUUUGAAAAUUGCUUGAAUCUUUUUAAAUAUAUAUUUUUGUCCAUUGUAAUACAACCCUUUCUCCUUUUUUUUCAUUUUGUGAGCUAUCUGAUAGAAAACGAAUUCCCAAAUCUGAAUCCUGGAUCCUGGUUUCCAAAUCUGUCCUUAUUUUAAAAACAUUUUUUUUUCUGUCAAUGCUUUUAAUUUUAAUUUAAUUUAUUUAAUUGCAGACAGGGAUGCACACACAACAAAAAUAUUGUGCCACAAAAAAAAAAAAAAAAAAAAAAAAAAAAAUUUCAGCGGGGUAAAAUCCAUCUCGGUAAACUUUUACAGUAACCAAAAUUCGCUUCGCACCCGUGUUUUGUUAUUAACGCAGCAGAAAAUUACACCACACUCCUCCACCAGCUCAGCAACAGGGUCAGAUUUGUCGGAAAUUGCUUUUGGCUGCUUGGAGGGAUAAAGCAGGCGACAUUAAAACAAGCAUCGCUGCGUGCAGCAUAGUUCAACCUGCGUGGAUAACACUAUUAUAUACCUUGGAAUACAAUACUUGAGGAAAUGUGCACUUGGGACACCAUGGAUCUUCGUCAUCCUGCCCAUUUGAACCUCGACAUGAAUCAUUUUUCUAUCACGCACAUCGCCAAAUAAACGAGGAUUUCAAAGCUAUAAUAAGCGGUGCUUUUCAUUUAAAGGAAGCUAUCUGGGUUUUAUUGCCUUAAAGGAGAUCCAGAUUAGAUUCGCCACGGUGCCGAUAUUAAACAGAGAGAGAUGGAUGGAGAGAGCUGGUGGGGGAGGGCGAAGAGAAAUGUUACACCGCGCGGCCACAAGAUGGAAGCAGAGGUCUUCAGUUGGCGUCAUGCAGCUUUCACCUGCAAAUGUCUAACAGUGGAAGUUCAUCUGACUCGAGCAGCACACAUUACUCCAACCAAGUAAUGCUCCUCUAGCUAAUGAACAAACAUCACAGCAGACUUGACUGUCUCUUUAAGUGCGCGAGUGCUGUUUGUGACUUACUGAUGGAUCUUAAGAGCAUAAUCAUAUCGCUCUUGAAAACUAACAACCGUCAAGGUACAAUGAGCCAACUUCCACAGGGGAGAGAUUUGCACAGUGACUGGGAGCAUCCACGGUGUGGCGCAAUAGGACAAGGGGACAUUUCUAGUGCAGAUUAAUUCACUUGAGUGAAAGUGGACAAUGGAGCUCAAGUGAGGUUUUGCAAGGAAAGUCUCAAUCCUUGACAACAAAGCAGACCCCAAGUCAAAUGUUUCCAGCAGCAUGAAAAGCUGUUUUUUUCCAAUUACUGUUUAAUUGAUCACCUAAAAUGAUCCAGGAAUUAAAAUGAUAGUAGAUAUCUGGUUAGUGCAUCCAAAUCAAGCAACAGAUCUGUGAGAUUUGAUUGAAAAAGUCUUUGAUUCAUAAAUUCCUUUCAGUCAUGUCACUUAGAUGUCCAUCAUGUACUGCAGGAUUUCUUUUCCAGGCUGCAAAGUGCCUGAGCACAAUCGUCUACCCAUGCAGAGAAGAAGUAUGCAAAGCACUGCAAAGUGGGUCAAAUGACAAAAUAAAAGGCUUCCAUCUUUAUGCACCUGCUCGGUUCAGCUUCAGUGAGCUUGCACCUGUAGGGGGCCUCAUUGGGUUAGAAAGCUGCACCAGCAGGGGGUUGGCUGGAUGCUGAACAUGAAGGAAUAGGAGUGCAGGAAAAAAGGGAGAGAGAUGUUUAAUCUGCAAAAGUUUGGAGCAAUUUAAAGAAGAUAGACAGACAGACCAAGCAGCAAAAAUCCAGACAUUACUUUUCUAGAUCCAAGUUUCUUCAAGACACUAAAAAAAAAAAAAGAAAUCAAAACCUCAUUUAAAAAUUCAACUCCUACUCUCUUACUGCUGGUGAAGGCAGCAAUAUGUCUGUAUCGGUGCAGGUUGAAGGGGUGGAGUUAUUGAGAUUCAUGUGUCACAGUGAACUCGAGCAACUCCGCAUGACAAAUCCACAAGUUUCUUCAGUGGGACAGACUGUCUGCAGAGCAUUGCACAGAUCUACCUCCAUCUGCAGAGAAGAAGUUGCUGAGCUGAGAGACAAACCAGUGAGUGACCCAGAGAAGAGCUUCGGCACUUUUGCAGUGGAGCCUGGGAAAACCGAGGAAAAACACAACAGCUGGCCCGCAUAUCUCCAACUUCUGUCAUAUUCUGCUCAUCUUAGACAUUAAUAAUAAAAAGAAAAAUCACUGUACCACCCCUUAUGUAAGCUGUUUUUAGCUACAAAUUAAAAAAGGUAUUUGCAUUAAGUAUGGGCACUAUUGGUAAAACAACAAAAUAGCAUAAACCUGCAGUAUUCUGCAUACUGUUCUCUUUCUCACCAAAACAGUACUGCAUUGUGCUUUUUCAAAUGCAUUCACAUCUGGUAGAAAAUUUAUAAUUUGGUGUAAUAUAUGUAAAAAAAAAAUAUAUGUUUACAUUCAUGAACCUGUCUGUUGGUAUCCUGUUAAAAAUCAUUGUGCUCAGUUUGCCUUUGAAUUGGAAUUGAAUUGGUCUAAAACUAUCUGUAAAAAACCCCAGAGUAGAAAAAGUAACUAUACAAGGACAGAAUGCAAAAUCAGUGACCCAUGCAGUAUUACCCCAUGUUUAUCAUCUGUACAACAUGUAUCAUAAGAAUCAUCUGCAUGCAUCCCGCCAAAAAACACUUUUUUUCCAAAUGGUGAGUAGAUUUAAAGCGACCUCUUCUACUUCUUAAAGCCUUUCCUGUUAGCUGCUUUCUCCUGACACAGGUGUAAAAUGGUCUUCUUGUGCAUACAUAAAAACAAAGCUGAGAGAAAAGGUAAAGGACAAUUUGGUUAAGUUUCCUCCCAAUGUCUGUGUUCUCCUGUGGUCCAUUCAUCAGGAGUUUAUAAGUAGAGUUUUAGCUCCCUCCUGGUCUAGUUUUAAGUCAAGGCUAAUGCUGGACUGAAAAACACACUACCUAAAAAUAUCGAAAUCCUGAUGGUAAAAUUCAGUGAAUUUUGAAACUGAAAUAAAUCCAUGUUUUUUAGCCUCCAUUCUUGUUUGUUUUGGACAAGCCAAAACAUGCAGCAGUGUUUUACAGAGAGAGGUGCUGACAGUCCUGUUUUGAAAUUGUGGCAAGGUUGGAGUCAGCUCUGUGCGAAGGAGAGAGAGCGUCAAGGUUCUUGACUUUGCUGAAUGUAAAGAUUAGGGGAAAAAAAGCAAAGUCUGACACUGACUGCCCUGUUCGGACGCGGGAUAGAAAGCUCAGGUAGAGGAUUUCCUUUUUCUUUUUCAUCAUUGCUAAUUUUCUACGACUGUUUUCUUCAAUUCAUGACUGCACAGAUGUAAAGACAAAUCAAUGAAAUAAAUGACUACAGAAAUGAUACCGGCUUUUUUUCUUAAUUGUAGGUUCAUAUUAAACAAUGUGGUUGAUGUAAUGUAUGUAACUGCUAUCCUGCAUGUAUCUUUGGGUUCAUGUAGCGGUAAAGCCAAAUUUUACAAACCUUUCUGUUCACUUGAAGUCGGAGCAGCUUGAAUCAGUGUAUAUCUUUGGUCGUUUUCUAACAGCGGAUGGCUCAUCUCCUUUUUCUGACAGUCAAUGACAAAUGAAUGGGACCAUCCAAAAGAAGGGUUGUUGAGAGCUAUUAGCAGUUUAAUGUGACUCAAGCAGCUUCAGCUUCCUCCUGCUCUCAGCAGUGUGCAAAGACAGAUGCUUAACUGUAAGAUCAUAAAAAAUACAAACAUUCAGCAAUCAUUGCUCAAGCUAAUUUCAUCUGAUCGAGAGCAAAGACAGCGUCACAAUGAGUAAGCUGUAACCAGGACUCUUUAUUUUUCUUUUCUUAGAUUUUUUGGCUCUGCUGCCAUACAGCACUGCUGAUAUGAUAAGCUCUUCACAUAGUGUAAUUUGAGAAAAGAAAAAAGAUGUAUAAAAACUAAACUUUAACCAAAUGGCUUAUAUAAUUAGUGCACAUAAGAAUUUGAAAAUCUUCCAGGUAAAGAUUUGGUUCAAAAAUGAAAGUUUGGAUAUGAGUUGCAGAGUUCCCUACUUCACACAUACACACAAACAAACACACACUGUGGUGGUCUGGUACACAAAACAGCAAAAGUUAGGAUAACAAAAAAUACAAUUUCACACUGGUUGACUCUUAAACAUCAGACUCUUCCAAAGUGCAGCCCUUGUGAUGCAUUCACAGAACCUGUGAGUGACUGAAACAUGAGUUCAACUCCAGCGACUCUUUGAAAAUGACAGCAACUCUGCGGGAGAAAAUGCUCAUUCAGUUUUAUGUCAAAGCUGACAGACUUGGUUUAGUUAUCACACAUGCUAAAAAUGUUCAUUUUUAAUGACCUUGUGCAAUUGAGUUCAAUUAAAGCAGAGGAAACUAAUAACAUUGAUAAACAAACUUGUUUUUUUUUUUUUUUCCAAAUAAAUUUGUGCAUAAAAUCAAAAAUAUUCCUGUUAUUCCAUGUCAUUUUUAGAUUGAAUGAAAUGAAAUGAAAUUAAUUUCUUCUUUUAAUUAUUCAAUAAAUCUAGCUCUUCAAAGUAGAUCACCAAAAUACAGAGGUCAAACAUGCCCAAACAUAAUUACUUAAACUUUUAAUUUGUGAUGUAAUGAAACAGGCCAUGCCGUUUAUUGAAAUUCCCAAAAUCGCUCUGUCCUUUGCAGGUAAAUGUGUUCCAACAAUGCAUGACAACAACAACAACAACAACAACAUUUAUACUGAGAGAAAACUUCAGCUCAGUCCUCUGUGUUAUACGGCUAUGUGGUCUUCUAUUGAAAUAUUGUGCUGCUGCUUUGUUAUGAUAUUCAAAGUGCCAUAUGGUCUUAUUUCCCUUUGUCUUCUCUCUCUCAAUGUUCCAUCUUAGGCCUUGAGUUGUCUUGUAUAAAACCCACAGUCCGCUGCAGUCAGAUGGGCUGGAUGGGGGACAGCGCCAACAAUCAGGUUCCCAGAGUUGAGUGUUUAUGCCUUUCACUUAAUGGAUUGUCUCACCUUCUUCAGAAGAUGAACAUGAGGUGCUUGAGAUGCCAGCACUGCAAAUGGAUCCUGGGGCUUUGAGCCUGAUAACAACCGGCCGUCAUCUGUUUCAGACAUGCUUCAAUCAGCAUGCGUGAUGAUCAAAGAGCGGCAGUGUGGCAGCGACGUGUUUUACCAAUUCAAGCUGCCUAAUUAGCCUCCUGUUUAAAGAGGAUGUCAAAUAUGUGUAGGAAGUUGUGCCUAUCAUGUGUUUGUGCACUUGUACCCCUGUGCUGAAUUUAUAAUGUCUUCUGGAGCUAACUUUGCUGAAUGGAAAAAUAAAAGAAAGAAAGCUUCUC